AUGGGCGGAAUGAUGUGCCUGUCCUCAGUGGUGCUGCCGAGACCAAUGACUCAAGUCUCGCUGGGUAUGUUGAGCCCGCGAAUGCAUGAGGUGCUACCAACACAGAAUACCCCUGGGCGGCCAGUAGGCGUACCAAACACUCUGAGUGGAAGAGCAAAGAUGAAGCAUGGCACACGGCUAUUCAUCGCAGAAGACAGAAGCGAAAAGAGGACAAACCGGAGAAGUGCCGUAUCUGCCAAAAGGGCCAUCAAUGGAGGCGUGACCUGGAAAGACACUACUGCACUCAACACCCCGAUGAAGCUGCCAAGAUGGGGCUUAACCUAUAUGCAUACAUUUUGGUCAAGACUUUGCGAGGCGCGAUCAUUUGACGCGGCAUUUGAGGAGGAAGCAUGGCGGUUAAGGGCUAUUUUGUAUGUUAGCUCAGUUCAGUUUCACGGAGACGAAUUGAUCAUGACGUUUGUUGUUAUUUUCCGGAUUCUCGGAUCCGUUCACCCGUUCUCGUAA